AUGUUCACCAAGUCCGCAGCACGAUUCGCUCCUCUCCUGAGAACCCGGGUGGCGACACAGACCGCUCCUAGCUUCCAGGCAAUUCGUUCCAUCUCAGCUACUGCCCCAUGCAAUAAGGGACCUAUCGAUGCGACAAAGGACACACUGAAGAAGGCCGAUCGGACCGUUGCCGAUGCAGCAGUCAAGGGCAUUAAUACGGGUGAGAAAGCCGCUGAGAAGAUCAAGGAGGUUGUUGGCUCCGGGGCCAAGCAAGCAAAGGAAAAGGGAGGAGAGGUGAAGGGCGAGGCCGCCGAGUAUGCAGGAAAGGGCAAGGGCAAGGCAUCAGAAGUAUUGGGCGAAGCUAAGGGUGAGGCAGCGGAAUAUGCAGGCAAGGGCAAGGGCAAGGCCGAAGAAGCCAAAAGCAAGGCCGAAGAUGCACUGAACAAAGCCAAUGAGAAGACGAAGUACUAG